AUGUCCUUGGAUAGAAGCCGUCUGCAGAGCUUCCCUGCAAAGCCUCGCGUCUUUGUCAUAUCGGACAUAUCCAACGAGCCGGAUGACGCCGAGUCGCUCGUCCGCUACCUGCUGUACGCAAACCAGUUCGACACCGAAGGCCUCGUGGCGUGCACGUCGACGUGGAUGAGGACAAAGGUGUGUCCGCAGGACAUGCACAAGAUCAUCGACGGAUACGAGAAGGUGGUGGACAAUCUCAACAGGCAUGCGCACCCUGACCACCCGUAUCCGUCUGCCGACUAUUUCAGGAGCAUCGUCAAGGAAGGGCCUGCUGUGUACGGAUCACAAGCGGUGGGCGACGAUAUCCCCCUGACGUCGGGCGGCCAGCUCCUCCUGGACCGACUCAAGGCCUCCGACCCGAGACCGCUCUGGGUGCUGGCGUGGGGAGGCACCAACGUUCUCGCGCAGGUCCUGCACAAGGUGCAGCAGCACGAGACGGCGUCGGAGGCAGCCCGGCUGCGCUCCAAGCUGCGCGUAUACACCAUCAGCGACCAGGACGACACGGGGAUCCAGAUCCGCACGCGGCACCCCGACAUCUUCUACAUCUGCAGCGUGCACGCGUGGUGCAGCUACGGGCUGGCGACGUGGUCUGGCAUCUUCGGCGAGAACUACUACGGCUUCGACAGCGGGGGGCCGGACUCGUCCCUGUUCACGCGGGAGUGGAUCGCCGACAAGAUCCGCAUCGGCGACCUGGGCGGGCGGUACCCGGACUUCAUGGCCAUCCCGGAGGGCGACACGCCCACCUUCCUGUACCUGAUCCAGAACGGGCUGGGGGUGCGCGAGCAUCCGGAGUACGGAUCCUGGGGGGGCCGGUACGCGCUCACAGGCCCGCACGCCUCCCCCGCGGGGCAGAGUCCCCGGCACUACAGCGACGUGGCGGACAUCGUCGUCGGCAAGGACGGGCGCACCCACACCUCCAACCACGCCACCGUCUGGCGCUGGAGGGAGGCCUACCAGAGUGACUUUGCCGCCCGGAUGCAGUGGACGCUCGGCCCCGGUGCUGCCGGCUCUCUCGGCCGCGCCAACCAUCAUCCCGUCGUGUUCGUCAACGGCGAGGCCGGCCCGGAGGCUCUUCACAUCGAGGCCGAGGCCGGGUCCUCGGUCCGCCUCGACGCCUCGGCCACGUACGACCCGGACGGCGACGACCUGACGUUCAGGUGGUGGCACUACCGCGAGCCCACGGCCACGCAGUGGAGUGCGCUCCAGGAGGUGGCAGAGGUGCAGAUCAAGCACGAGGGUGGCGAUCCGGCCGUUGUCGAUGUCGUCCUGCCUGGUCCGGAAAAGUGCUGCGUCAAUCUGCUGGACAGGCAGGCCGUGCUCAAGGGUCAUGCGAUGCAUGUCAUCCUCCAGGUCACGGACGGUGGCACCCCGAGCCUCACCAGCUAUAAGCGUGUCAUCAUCCAGGCUACCAACAAGGAUCUGAGAGGUAGCGGGAAGCUGCGCUCGGCUAUCGGGGAUGAGUAG